AUGGGCGAGUUUUACCGUCAGAUCUGCGGGUUUGUCCGUCAGAUCUGCGGGUUUGUCCGUCAGAUCUGCGGGUUUUACCGUAAGAUCUGCGGGUUUGUCUGUAAGAUCUGCGGGUUUUACCGUCAGAUCUGCGGGUUUGUCCGUAAGAUCUGCGGGUUUUACCGUCAGAUCUGCGGGUUUGUCCGUAAGAUCUGCGGGUUUUACCGUCAGAUCUGCGGGUUUGUCUGUAAGAUCUGCGGGUUUUACCGUCAGAUCUGCGGGUUUUACCGUCAGAUCUGCGGGUUUGUCCGUCAGAUCUGCGGGUUUUACCGUCAGAUCUGCGGGUUUGUCCGUCAGAUCUGCGGGUUUGUCUGUAAGAUCUGCGGGUUUUACCGUCAGAUCUGCGGGUUUGUCCGUCAGAUCUGCGGGUUUGUCCGUCAGAUCUGCGGGUUUUACCGUCAGAUCUGCGGGUUUGUCCGUCAGAUCUGCGGGUUUUACCGUCAGAUCUGCGGGUUUGUCCGUCAGAUCUGCGGGUUUGUCUGUAAGAUCUGCGGGUUUUACCGUCAGAUCUGCGGGUUUUACCGUCAGAUCUGCGGGUUUGUCCGUCAGAUCUGCGGGUUUGUCUGUAAGAUCUGCGGGUUUGUCUGUAAGAUCUGCGGGUUUGUCUGUAAGAUCUGCAGGUUCCAGGUGGAUGUUCAGCAUUUAAAUGAACAAUGUUGGGUUGGUUGGACAAAAUAAGAUGAUAAAUCUCAUUUUGUUCUUUUUUUACGUCUUCUUGGACAUCUUAAAGGCAUAAGGAGGGUUAGUAAAAAGUGAAAUAAUCAGUAAGAAAUAAUUCCUUCAGACGUUUUAAAAUUCUUUAACUCAAACAAAAAGCAGGACAAACUUUUGAGAAAUAUUGAAUUCCUCUUUAAACCCGUCUCCCUUCGGCGUCGGCGUCGGGAACCGCUCAGGUGCUGUGGAUGGGAGGCGGUUGCCAUGGCGACGCAGCCAGAGGCGACAUCACCGUGGGGAUUUUACCUUGACAGCCGCUGCGUCCCUCGUUGUCUCUGCUGCUCCGUCUCCGUUAGAGAUGAAUCCGUUCAUCUGAGCCUCACGCAGACCCAUUUCAGCUGCACUUAGAGAUGAUUCAGGCAGGAGAUCUGAAGAUUUUACAACAUUAACUGAGAAAUCUGCCGUAGAAAGAGCAAAAAGAACACAUCUAGCGGCAAAUGUACUCUGAAGUCUUUCUGAAAUCGUCUUUCUUGCUGAUUUCUGGUGAAAAAUUCUCAUUUUCUGAAACAUAAUGUGAAGAGUUUAUAAAAGUGGAGGUUUUUGCAGAUUAAAUUCCGCCUUAUGAAGAAAUUACGAUAAAAAUUCCCCCAAAAAUGCCGCUCACACAUGGAUGCAUCUGUGAUAAUAAUCCACUAUUGAGUACUUUCACUUUUAGUGGUAUUUUUACGUUUGUUCUGCAGUAAAUAACCUGCAUUUCUCAGUGUUUUUCUGCCACUAAAAGCUGCAGUUUUCCGCUCGUUUCUCGUCCACUUAAUGAACGUCAUCAGAGGAACUCGGUCAGAUUAACGGCAUCUUAGCUGCAGCUUUCUCUGGAUUUUCAGGUGAAUGUUCUCAGCCAAACCCGAAGGUCGAUUCAUCUUAAAGACGGAGGGAAAAAGCCGCUAAUCUGCCUCCCAGCGGCCAAUUAAACCCAGCGCUGAUGAAACACGACGUUCAAUCUGAUUCUGCGUGGAUUUAUCCGGACUAGGAUGAGACUUUCAGGUGAAAAUAGUUCCCAGAAAAGAAACAAAAGUUCAAAGUUUCAUCUUUAACCUCAGUUCUGACAGAACGAGCUGCUUCUGAAUGGAUGAACCGUUAAUGAUCAGUUCUGGUCUCCUCGUGAACGGAUUCAGAGCCCAGAAGUUCCAGUUUUUACUGUGGAGGCAGGAAGCAUCAUCUCUGCGGUGCUUUUCCUUCAUCAGAAUUCAGAGCUCAAACAAUCAGAGAAUCUUCUGUGGAACUGCUUCCAUUUUAUUUCAUUAUGUUGAGCUUAACUUUGCAUAAAUACAAACAUUUCCUGCAUAAAGAGGAACAAAGAGGAUGCAGAAAAAGAGCUGUGAUCUGCACAUUUAUCCCUUAUUUAUCCUGUAAACCUUCAUCUGCUUUAAUAUCAAACAUAUUAAAGUUUAGAUUUAAUCUGAUUUCACAAAAUCCCUGAAAGAAUGGAAACACACAAUUACAUUUAUGCAUCUAAUGAAGAAAAAACAUGAUAAAUGUUUUAAAAAAAGCACAGAAAAUUAACAAAAACAAUCAAAUGUCACCUUUGCGCGAUGAAAAACAACCAAGUUUGUCUAUUUUUGUUCAUUUUGAUGAAUCUUUAAACUGUUCUUUUCUUUUCAGUGAAUUAUUUGUUCUUUAAAACAUCUAAAACUGAGAAUAAAAAACAUCAAACUCUCCAAAAUUUUCCAACAGAUUGUCCAAAAGUCCAAAGAUCUUGAGUUUUCUAAGAGGUGAAACAAAGAAAGUCAUAUUAAAGUUUAUAUUUAAUCUGAUUUUACAGAGUUCCUCACAAAAAAAGGAUAAAAAUAAAAGAAUAUAAACACGCUGAAUUAAAUUUAUGCCUCAAAUGGAUAAAAAAAAACAUUAGAAAUCCCUUAAAAAGCACAGAAAAUGAAGGAAAAAUCAUCAAAGUUAACCUUUGGACUGUGAAAAACAACCAAGUUUGUCUAUUGUUGUUCAUUUUGAUGAAUCUUUAAACUAUUUUUUUGUUUCAGAUCAUGAUUUGUUCUAUAAAACAUUUAAAAAAUCAUCAGAUUCCUCAAAAUUUGUCCAAGAAUCCAAACAUCUUUAGUUUACUAAAACACAAAACAAAGAAAAUCCAAUAAUUUAGUGUGUUUGAGAACCUUAAAUCCAUCAAAUAUUUGGAUUUUUUUGGAUUUAAAUUAAACUAAACGGACUGAUUCAUUAAUUUUCUUUAUUCUGUUGCAGCUCAACAAACAAACUUAGUAAGAAAUUCUGCAUAUUUAGUGUAAAUUAUGGUUAAAAAAAUAAAUAUUAGAAAUAACUAAAUGUCAUAAACAUCCACAAUAUGUGAAUAUGCUCAAAAAAAUCUGAAAAAUCAAUAUUAUUACAUCAAAUAUAAGUCAGUGUAGAAGUUAUUAGCUGUAGAAUAAAGAAAAUUACAUCCGAUAUUUGGUUUUCAUGUGAAUUUUUAUGAAAAUUCUGCUCCGUUUUCUCCGUUUUCUGCCUGAACGCAGCAUUAAAACUCACCUGUUUCCAUGUUUUUGAAGGUUUUUGAAGCUCCAACUGUCAGAUUUUGUCCAACAAACCCAAAGAAACGACUGAACCUGAACGUCUGAGCGUCUGGAAGCAGCAAACUUUAACGUUUUGUCAGAGAACGAUCUGACGACGGCUCAGGUUUUUGUUUCACUUUGACUCUUUUUACCCUCUGGGCUUCGUCUUCGGGCUCAAACAUCAAUAGAACUGUUGUUGUUGUUUCAGUCAGGAUUUAGCUCCUGAACUUCAGUUUGUUUCCUCUGAUGCCUGUGAGAGUUUCUGAGGUUUAACAUCUGGAUGGAAGCCAAACCUCUGUCCUCAGCUGAUCCCCGUCUGAUUUCUGAUAGAUUCAGUUCAGAAGUGACCGUGAUGUCGUUUAUUAUUCAGAUAUUUACCAGAUGAUGGAGUUAAACUCAGAGAUCAGUCUGUAAAUUCUCAAAUGAAAGCGCAUCGUGUGGACAAAAGCAAAGAAAAAAACAGUUAAAACUCUGAAUUCAGAGGAUAAAUUCAUCAUAAUGUACGUUUCCACAGGACACAGAAAUAUCCCAAAUCAUGUCUGCUUUGUCAUUUUAAUUGCUUUUAACUUGCAGACACUAAAACUCCAACUUUUAGUUCUUUAUGUUCUGAGAAAAAGCUUUUGAUGCAGAAAAAGACGAUCAGAAAGUCAAAUAGAAUAAAACCAACAUGGGAAAUGAAUGAUUCCUGCAAAAAAAUAAAGCCUCUCUGCAUCUAUUUCACAAUAAAAGCCAGCCUUGAACCAUUAUAAGGCUUUUAUUAUGAAAUAUUUGUGCAGAAAGGGAUCUUUUUUUAUUGGCAGUAGCCGACCAGGACCACAGUGGAGAACAGAGUCUGCAGGUGUUUAUAAAACCUUUGAAAAGCACAUAAAAGUGUUUAAAAGUUGGAUUUUCUGAACUGUGAAGAAACUUUUCAUCUGGAUUAACCCUCCUGUUGUCCUCAUUUACGGCACCAAAAAAUAUUGUUCCUUUGUCUGAAAAAAAAUCCAAAAAUUCAGCAAAAAAUUCCCCAAAUUUAUAAAAAAAAAAUUGCAAAAUCUUCAGGAAGAAAAUUCCUUAAAACUUUCCCUUACAAGUUUUAUUUAAAAAGGAAAAAAACUAAUUUGGCAAGUAAUAAUUUUUUUAAAGAGAAAUUCUCUGGAUUUUGGUUGAUUUUUUUUUUUCUGAACAUUCUUAAAGAAACAUUUUUCUUUAAAUGUUUCUUUUUUUCACCAAAAAUUUUUCAAAAUUUUCCCAAAAAUGUUAAAAACGUGGAAGUUUUCGCUGUGAAAAUACAAUUUUUUUCCGCAUUUUCAAACUUUAAAACGGGUCAGUUUGGGUUGAAUAGUUUUGUGGAAAUGUAAAUUAUAGAAACGAGUAAAACUUAAACAUGGAACAUUUAAACAGGGAGCUCUGUGAACAAAUCUGGAUAAAAUCUGCUUCUGAAAACAGACAGAAGGAGAAAGAAAGGCUUUUUAAAUGAAUUUAAGGUCUGUGAUCGCAGAUUUUCUUUGAGAAUUUCAGACGUGUCGUCGUUUCGCAGCUAAAAGUCGAGUUUCCACGUGAAGCUGCUUCGUAUUUCUGCUGUAUUUAAAUGAACGUUUCUGUCCGUCACGUCGUGUCUCCACAGUUCCACCUUAAAUCCUCAGAUUAACCGUAAUAUUCCCUCCGCUGAACUUGAACUAGCGGUGCUGUUUGUGCCGCUGGCUUUCAUUUGUUGUUUUUUUGUGCAAUAACUUUUGUGUGGCUGAGCUGACUCUUAUUUAAACUGUACAAAGUGUAGCGACUGUAAUUAUUAUCAUUAUUAUUAUUAUUGUUGUUGUUGUUGUUAUUAAUAUCGAGCUUGUAAAGAAUCUGAAAAUGCACUUUAAUGAAACGUCCCAAAUGCUGACUUUGUGUUUAUUUUGUGUGUUUGUCGUUAAAAUCAGUUUUUUCUGUUGGUUUUAUUUGCAUUAAUGCUGCGUUCAUGUUUCAUGUCCAGGGAAAACUUCACCUGUUUAUCUUAUUUUUUAAAAAGAGACAAAAAGCCUGCUCGUUUGUCCUCAUGGAUUUAUUCUACUUUAAUUUAUAAGAAUUAUUUUUGUGUAAUCAGAUUAAUUUAUCUCAGGUAAACCUUCGUCUGCUUCAUCAUCAAACAUAUUAAAGGUUUUAAUCAGAUUUUACAGAAUUUCUCACAAUAAAAGAUAAAAUUUAAAUAAUCUGAACACAGAGUUAAAUUUAUGCAUAAAAUGGAGAAAAAAUAAAUAAAUCCUGUUAAAAAUCACAGAAAACUGGCAAAAAAUGAACUAAAAGAAUCUUCAAAUUUCACCUUUUGAUGUGAAAAACAACCUGGUUUGUGUAUUUUUGUUUAUUCUGAUGAAUUUUUCAGCAGUGUUUUUCUUUUCAGUUCAUUAUUUGUUCUAUAAAACAUCUAAAGCAAUGAAAAAAACGUCAAAUUCACCCAAAUUUUCCAAGAAAUUGUCCAAAAAUCUAAAUAUUUUUAAUUGCAAAAACAUAAAACAAGUAAAAUCUAAUUAUUUUGUGUUUUUAAAUAUUUGACUUUUUUUUAGUUUUUUAAAGGAAAUGCACUGAUUAAUUCAUUAUUUUCUUUAUUCUGUUGCAGCUCGACAAACAAACUUCAUCAGAAAUUCCUCCUAUUUAAUGUAAAUUUAAAUGUAAUUUAUGAUCAAAAAUGAACAUCAGCAAUAACUAAAUGUCAUAUACAUGCAAAAUAUAUGUUUAUAAAAAGUCAGAAUAAUCAAUAAUAAAUCAAAUAAGUCUUUCUACAUGUUAUCAGCUGUAAAAUGAAGAAAACGCUGUCCGAUAUUUGAUUUUUAACUUUAUUUUUACGUUCAUUCGUCUCCGUUUUCUCCGACAACAUGAACGCAGCGUUAAACUCAUCUAUUUAUGUUUUAUUUUAUUUAUUUUGCUGUGUUUAUUCGUCACCAAGUAGAGAAAUCAUCACUCAAACAAAGUGACAUCAAAGCUGAGUGAACCCUCUUCUGAUUGGUCGAUGAGGCUCCCUGCUGCUCAUUGGUCCACAUUUAUGGUCCUCUUCUGUCAUUGGCUGAGAUGUUUCUGAUGCUGCUCAAAUAAAAAUAAUCACCGAAUAAAUAAAA